CCCUAAACGCUUAACCACAAUUUGGAUGUUAACAAAAAAUAAACAUGGACGAAUCAGCUGAGAAGAACGAGGCGGAAGUACUGAUGGCCAACGGCACCGAUCAGCGGGAACGGAGUAGAGUCCGCCAGAGGUUGGUCCAGUCAACUUUGUUUCCGAACAAAUCUCCGGAAAUUGAACCGAAGAUCGAGGAGAAGGGUAAUGCAGGCUCAGAAAUUGAAAUGAAGAUUGACGAGAAAGCUAAUGGAGGCAAGAAUGAAAAUAACGACUGUGAAGAUGAAGAGCUCUACGGUAGCCAAGGCAAGAAGAGGGGAAGAAAACGGAAAGGAAAAGUAACUCCUCAGAAUCGAGGUUCUAAAAAGGCAGAGGAUAAAUCGCCCAUGAAAACUACACCAAAGAAGAAUGGGAUGAAUAAUGUGAUGGGGAGUGACGAUGCAUCACCGCCUCCAAUCCCUAAUUUGAGACUGGAGGCAAAGUUGACUGCUGAGGAAAAUACCCGGAUGUUUGCAGGGAAGCAAUUUCAUCCAUUUUUCACAUCGCGAAAAGUGGGGAAGAGGAGCCAGGAGACUGCUGAAGCAGGGAGCAAUAAUUGCUUGUUUAACAGAAGCAACAAAGGCACUGAUAUUGGUCCUAUUCAUGUAUAUGAAAGAAAUCAGGAUGAUGUAGUUCUUGAUUGGAACAAUUGGACGUUUCUUGAGAAAAUCUCCAUUGACACCAGUCGCAACUGUGAAGAUCUAUUCACAUCAGUUUUUGAAAGUUGUGUUGGGGCAUUAUCUCUUGACAACUUUUCUGUUGUUUCACAGUCCUUUGAUCCAUCAUUUGUUCAAAACAAGUUGAAAGAUCAAUAUGUUAUUCAAAAUAAUGACUUUUUUGGAACAUAUGUGGAAAUACAUGCUGCUCAAGUAGAUGGGCAUUUAGAAAACAAUCAGCUUCUAAAGAGAUCAGAAGGGUGCCCGGAUUGUCAAGUAGAUGGAGUUGCUGUCCUUUCUAAGAAGGCUUAUAAUGUGGAAAACUCUGAUCUUGAACAGGAAAGUAGACUUCUUCAAGAAAGAUUUGUUCCAUGCUAUCAUGGUUGCAGUAUCCAGCCUGAUAGUAGCUUAUGGACUGAUAAGUACCAGCCAAAAAGUGCCUCAGAGGUGUGUGGUAAUACUGAAUCAGUUAAGUUUAUGAGUGAAUGGUUGAGGCUUUGGCAUGAGAGACGUUUUCAAGCCAUUAAAGCCUCCAAUAACAUUGAUAAAGGCAACCUGCUAGAAGAUGAUGAUUAUUGCGGAAGCGAUUUUGAUUCAGAAAACAUAGAUGGAGAGAAUAUUCUGAAGAAUGUUCUUUUGGUUACAGGACCAAUUGGGAGUGGGAAGUCCGCAGCUAUCCAAGCUUGUGCAAAGGAACAAGGAUUUAAGGUUCUAGAGUCCAAUGCAUCAGACUGUCGAAAUGGAGUUGUCGUGAAGCAGAAAUUUGGUGAGGCGUUAGAAUCAUGCUGCCUUACAGGGUCUGUAGAAAACCAAGUAGAUUCUCUUAGCAAGCAUGUUAUGAAAUCUGCGGAAAUUUUAUCCAAUGGUGAUGCGGUGCAAGAAGUUGACAAUGAGGUGAUAGAGUUGAUACCAGUACCAGAUACGGAAGAUACAUCCGAUGGCCAUGGAGCUCCUGAAAAAUGUGUCUUUAACGGUAGUGAGACUGGCUUCGGUCAAGCAAAGUUGAUUCUCUUUGAGGAUGUUGAUAUCAAUUUCCCUGAAGAUCGUGGUUUUAUUUCUGCCAUACAGCAAAUUGCUGAAAAAGCAAAGGGCCCUGUGAUACUGACUAGUAAUAGUACAAAGCUUAUUCUGCCAGACAACAUGGGCAGGCUAGAGUUAUGUUUCACAAUGCCAUCACCAGAAGAGCUGCUUCACCAUCUUUAUAUGGUUUGUGAAGCAGAGAGAGCCUCCAUUCAACCACAUUUACUGAAGCAAUUAAUUAAAUGUUGUCAGAAUGAUAUCCGGAAAACUAUUAUGCACCUCCAGUUUUGGUGUCAAGGAAAAAAACAUGAAAAAGAUAGUAAAUUGCAGAAGACUUAUGGCUUGCAGCUGUUUGAUAUCGAGGCGGGCCAUUCAGUACUACCAACUAUGAUCCCUUGGGAUUUACCAUCUCAGUUAUCAGAGUUAAUUGAGAAGGAAAUUGCUAAGACAUUAUCCAUAAUCGAAAACAAUUCAACUUCAAUGGAGGUGAUGGAGGAAGAACUUGAAAGCAACAUAUAUAAUGGCUUGGAGAAGCAUAAUAAAGAGAUGGACAGCAUAGAGGCAAAGAAGGAAGUAAUGUUAAGCAGGAAUCUCUCUACUUAUGAUUGCGAUGUAUUCAUAAGCCCUCCUGAUGUUGCAAGUGACUUUUACAAUUCUUCAGGCACCCCAGUUUCUUUCUGUCGAAGAGCACCUAAGAAUAAAUCUAAUGUUGUCGUGUCUUCGGAUUCUGAAGAUGAGCAAUAA